GGAAACCUCAGUCUUUAAACAGACUUCUUCUUUUGACUUAAGUCUUUUAUAUUGGGAACUUUACAGUCCCACCAGAAUAGUAAGACUGAUGUUUUAUCUCAAGUAUUCCUGAAUAUAUUCCUUCAUCCACAGAAAUAUACCCUGGAAGCAAAAUAUAAGAGACAUCUGUGUCUCCCAAACCCUGGAAAAUAAGAUAGUUAACACACAAUGGGGGAAGAAGAACUUCAAAAUAAACAAAGAAGCCAGAUUUUACAGCUAAUCCCAUGGGUCAUUGCUCUUGUUUUCAUCUCAGUUCUCAGUGCCUGCUUUAUUGCAAAUUGUUUGGUGACUCGUGACAACUUCCUACACUGUGACAAAAGCAUGAGGAUGUUCAGUUUACCAGGGCACCACCCGAAGCUGACGUGCACCGAAGAAAAAUCGGAACUGAAAGGUACAGGUAGCAGAGAAGCAAAAGGGGCCACCUGGAAUUGUUGUCCUGUUGGCUGGGGAGCCUUUCAGUCCAACUGCUAUCUUCCGUUUAAUGACAACAAGGCGUGGGCAGAGAGUGAAAGGAACUGCGCAGGGCUGGGGGCUCACCUGGCCACCAUUAACACAGCAGCCGAGCAGAACUUCAUUAUCCAGUAUUUGGAUAGACAAUUUUCAUAUUUCCUGGGACUGUCACGUGAGAACCCGGAAGCCCAGUGGCAAUGGGUGGACAGGACGCCAUUUAACCCACAUAUGGUAUUAUGGCAUAUGGGUGGGCUCAACAACCAACAGAAAGAAAAUUGUGUUGUCCUUGUUAAUCACCAAGACAAAUGGGCCUGGAAUAAUAUUUCUUGUAAAUUUGAGGCAAGUAGGAUUUGUAAGAAACCUGGAGUAGUACUUGCCUGAAAGUUAUGAAGGAGUUCUUGUGGUGAGGACGGAAAAGAAGAACCUGUUAGACCAGGGCAGAAUGUACAUGCCUCAUCGGAAUAAAGAAAACAUGCUACAUCAUAGAACAUUUUCAAUCAUGAUGGCCUUAUUUAUUUGUUCAAUUCAUUCAAGAUGAUGUAUUUUUGUGUGGUGUUUCAGUAGAAGGAAUCAUCUCUUCUAUAAAAGUCAUUUUUCAUUAACUUUGCUAUCUUGAUAGUAUUUCAAAGAAUUUACUUUUCAAUUGGUGUGUAUUUAUUACACAUUUAGUAGAAUGGCUUAAAUGGUGCAAUGUCUUACUUAUUUCUUCCUCUGUCCCAAAUCUUUUUUUUAGCAAUAAAAUUUUAAUUAAUUUAUUUUUAGAGGGGAAAUAAAGGGAGAAAGUGAGGGAGAGAAACAUCAGUGUGUGGUUGCCUCUCUCGGGCCUCCUACUGGGGACCUGGCCCACAACCCAGGCAUGUGCCCUGACCAGGAAUCAAACCAGUGAUCCUUUGGUUUGCAGGCAGGCGCUCAGUCCACUGAGCCAUGACAGCCAGGGCCCAAAUCUUAACUCUUAAACUGUAGUAGGAUAUUCACAUUGUACAAAUGAAAUGAAUAUAACCAAUAUAAGAUUGCAUGCCACCCAUACUUAAAUUAAAAAAAAAAUUCAAAGGUAGAAUAUUCCAAUUGGUAAUGGGACAUCAUUUUCUUAACUCAAAUGUCAUAAAUGCUUUAAAGUUUUUAAAACAUAUUUUAAUUGUUUGAUGCUUCAUUUUUAGACAUUUUAAUAGUAUCAGUCAUUAGAUUGACAUUUUGUAAGAAAAAUAUCUUCUGAACCACGGUAUAAAAUAGUUCAAACUGACAGUGACCAGAGGGAAGGGGGUGGGGAAUGACAGAGGAAAGAAGGGGAAGGGGCGAGCAAAGGAGCACAAAUAGAGGACUCACGGGCAUGGAGAAAGGCGGGGAAUCGACUGUGGGAGUUGAGGGGAUGGCAUAGGGGUGAGCAAUGGGGAAAAAAGGGGGACUGUAACUGAACAACAAUAAAUUUUUAGAAGGUUCUGAAUUAUGGCAUUACUCAGGUAGAAAGAAAAUGUCUAUGGAUCUUUAAAAAGUUUAUUUCUUUAUCCUAAAUGUCUUACCAAAGCAGGGAAUCUCAAGUUGACUUACUUGUUUUAUUUUUUAUUUUUUGAGUGGAAAAGUCAUCUUAACCAAACUCCUUCAAUUCUAUAGCUGAGGAAACAAAAACCUUGGGAAGUCCAAGAGUUCCCCUUCGCAUUGCUAGUGCAUGAGAGAGCCAGGCACAUGGCUCAGGUCUAAGAGGUGAAACGCACUCUCUCAGUUAUUACAGGAAACUUUCUGCAGGCGACUUGGCCUCUUAGCUAACAGAUAGAUGAAAGUUCUUAAUUAUUUGAAGUAACAUUGUGUUGGUGUUUCUAUAUUUUUAAUUUGGAUAAUAUUUUCAACUCACAUAAAUUGUUAGCAUGUUUCUUUGGAGCUAUAAAGCUAUAGCUCAAACUGGCAAGAUAGUCAUUGUUUUAGUGACUGAAGAUUAUGCUUUUGUGAUAUAUGUAGUAUUGACUGUGGAGCAGUCACAUCUAACAUCGACAAAAUAGAAUGAUCUUUCUUAAAAUUCUGAACACUGAUGUUCGUUGGACCUAUGCUAAAAAAUGUCAAGCAACAGUUUUUUAACCUAAGUUUCUUACCACUAUUUUUAAAACAGCAUUUUGCAAAUUACUGAUCUCCUGAGUUUGAAUGUUAGUGCUUGCUUGAUUGAUUCCACACAUGUGUGUAUGUGUCUGCACUUAAAGCUGAUCCUUUCACUAGUGCUAAGUGGCUUUGUGUUUGCCAUGUUUAUUAAGUUACAAGGUCUACAAAAACCUGUAGAAAUAACUUUAUGUAAGCACUAAUAGGCUUUGAAUAGUUACCAUUAUUCAUUUUUAUUUGCAUAAAGUUGUGUACUGGUAGAGAUUCAG